ACACAGACGCCAAAAAAGGCAAAUCAUAUUUUCACGAACUGGCAUAGUCGUCCGUGCCGGUUCGUGAAAAUGAUAGCGCGCCAUUCCCAACGACAUAAGUGUCUGUGCCAGUUCGUGAAAAUAAAAAAAUCGUCUGCGAGCUUCGUUUGUCCUUUAUUAUGCGGAAGAUCUAGAUUCGGCAGCGGCUGCUGAAAACCAGAAAUCUCCGCUUCCCUUCAAUUUAUCCUCCCACUUAGGAGAUGUGAAGAUUCUACAGGAAGAAUAAGACCCGAUAGCCUUAAGUUGUGAUGACUAAAAGGAAGAGAGCACCGUCAAAGAAGAGUCAAGAAGGAGCAGUCGAUGUACUGGUUGAGUGGGACAAUGGAGUGGAGAAGAAUGUGGUGUCUACGACGGAACUCAUCUAUCAAGAGCCGAUUAGAGAGGGUGCGAAAGUGACGAUGCUUUGGGAAGGAGUUCCCUGGGAGGGGAAGGUUAUUGCUGUGGAGGCUUCAGAGAUGGAUUUUCCCCAGGAUGUAAUAGAAGACUCAGACUCUGAUUCGGAUAUGGAUGUGCCAUUGGCAACUUUCACCAAGAGACCUAAAAAAGAAUCUGACUCUGAUAUGGAAGACUCCGACUCUGAUAUGGAUAUGCCAUUGGCAACUUUCACCAAAAGACCUAAAAAUUCUUGAGAUAUUUCACCUAGUAAUCAACAUUGCCAUUAAUAUUUGGACAACUUACCCAACCAAUAAAAGAAGAACUUUGAAUUUUGGUAAGCCGGACAAGCAUCAACACAUC